AUGUCCUCCUCCUCGCCUGGUUCUCCCAGCUCUACCGAUGCUGCCAAAUCCGCUCCGAUCAGUCCAGCACUAGACUUCUUCGCCGGCACAGUCGCAGGGAUUGCGAGUCUUGUGACGGGUCAUCCGUUUGAUACUGUCAAAGUCCGUCUCCAGACCCAACCACGCACCCUCUCCCCCUCUGCUGCCCUGGCUCUCGCCGCCGGAGAAGCAGGCAAGAAGGACAGCCUGUAUUACCGCAAUGCUGGGCAUGCGUUCGUGAGGGUUGUGAAGGAGGAAGGGGUUCGAGGGCUGUAUAAGGGAGUUACGUCGCCUAUGCUCGGCGUCGCCCUGAUGAACGCCUCAGUCUUCACCUCCUACAAGUACACCAUGAACCUCCUCUCGCCAGGCGACGGGCAGAAAGAGCCGGGACUGGGAGAGGUGGCGAUUGCGGGAGCGGCGAGCGGGGUGUUCACUUCGGUUAUCACCACCCCAAUCGACCGGCUGAAAAUCCUCCAACAAUCCGUUCUCCCCUCAUCCUCCUCCUCCGCCGCCGCUUCCACACGGCCACCCUCCCUCCUCUCCCUCCUGCGCACCCUCUCCCUCCCCUCCCUCUACCGCGGCUGGUCCGCCACCCUCCUCCGCGACCUCGGCUACGGUCCUUACUUCCUCACGUACGAAUACGUCGUUCGAGGCGGGUCGUUCGGUCUCGAGAGAAGGCAUUUGAAGAGGGACUUGAGGGAGGAGGUGGAGAGUGAGGUUUUCGGUGAGCGUGCACAGGAGGGAGCGGCGAGUCCGGGCAGGGUGUUGCUCGCGGGUGGGUUGGCGGGGAUUGUCGGAUGGGGGUGCACCUUCCCUCUCGACGUCGUCAAAACAAAGAUUCAAUCCGUCCCUCCAGCCUCCCUCUCCCCUUCCUCCUCCUCGGCCAUGGCUGCGCAAUACUCGAACAUCCUCGGAACCAUCCGCACGUCCUAUCGCGAAGCCGGGUGGAGGGUAUUUGUCGCGGGGUUGGGUCCGACGCUGGUUAGGAGCGUGCCGGUGAAUAUGGUCACCUUCGCAGUUUUCGAGCUCGUCGUCGCCGCAUUCCGCUAG